AAAGGUCAUUGGGCUGCCGGGCUCACUGCUGGCAGGGGUGGGGCACAGGCGAGCUUCCCGACGUAGUACAGCCGGGGAUUUCAAGCCGACUGAGCGAACCUGCAACAUUUCUGGCGUGGUUGUAAUUUUUUUUUAAAGUGGAAUUUAGUAAAUUCCAUGCUUUCCCGACGAAUACGAAGUCGUGGGCAGCCGGCUAUAGCCCAGAUUUCUAAAGUCUGACCCACUUUUCUCACCAGUGGAAGGAGGUGGAGCUGGUGGUGGCGGGAGACAUUGACGCCGGUUUUGUAGUUUGUUUUGUUUUGGGGGAGAGUUUUAAGGUAGUUCUUAGAACUGCAGGGGUUUUUUGUUUUGUUUUUGAGGAUUAGGGAAUCAGCCGCGGUUUCACUAUACUUAGGGGUGUUGUGGGGUGACGAAGCCUGGAAUGAGUGUUGUGAAAUUAGAUCUGUUGCUGGUUUGAAAAUUAGUUGGGUGUCUCCCGCAGGGAGACUGAAAACCUAUCAUAGGGAGGGGCUUGGAUCGCGUUCUUUCAGAAAAGGAAUGGAGGGAUACUAGAUCAAAAGCAAGAGGGUGGGUCGUGGUCUGAGUGGCUCACCCUAACAAACGACAGCCUUUCAAAACUCUGACUCUGGUUUGUGGUUUGGAUUUCUUUGCCGGUGGAGGACGCUGGGUUGGGCUGCAUUUUUUGUAUUUAACAGUUAAUGGCUGGCUGAGUUGUCCUCCCUUGUGUUUUUUUUUCUUCCCUCCCCCUGGGCAAGUCUUUGCUGCCCCCUGUUGAGCACCAGGAGGCUAGCACUUUUUUCUUUUUCUUUUUUUUUACUAUCCAAAGUUUGUAAACAGGAAUCACGUGGUCUGAAACCAGCCCUGCUACUCUGCCUUUCCCUUCUGGGGAGGAAAGAGUGUAGGUGUUGUGCUUUGCUUGUGCAGAACCGCCCCCCCUCCCCCCCAGGAAAGCUUCCCAAAGGGCACCCUGACUAGAGUCGGGUCUAGAUGAGAAUCUGAUCUGACAGUCCUGGACAGGGUCUGUGCAGUUCAGGGCUGUCCCACUGAACCCGAGUGUACAGUCCUCCAGAGUGGAUUCGCUAUCAUCGCUACCAUGGCAGGUCCGCCGCCGUCUGGUCCCUGGGGAUUCUGCUGUACGACAUGGUCUGCGGAGAUAUCCCCUUUGAGCAUGACGAAGAGAUCGUCAAGGGUCAGGUGUUCUUCAGGCAGAGGGUCUCUUCAGAGUGCCAGCAUCUCAUCAGAUGGUGUCUGGCCCUGAGACCUUCAGAUCGGCCAUCCUUCGAAGAAAUUCAGAACCAUCCAUGGAUGCAGGAUGUCCUCCUACCCCAGGCAACCGCCGAGAUUCACCUGCGCAGCCUGUCGCCGGCGCCCAGCAAAUAGCAGCCUUUCUAUCAGAUACUCUGGGCGGGACAGCUGUCUCUGGCUUCCAGGACCCUGCUUCAUGCAGGGACAGCAAUGACAACUCAUUCCAGACUCCAGGUUCCUGGAGCAGCCUCCCACAGGGGAAAGAGAUGCUACUUCAUUUCCCAGGCCCCCAUGCCCUCCCAUAGACACUCUCACAGUGUCGAGUUUUGCUGGGCUCUGCAGAAUCUUAGGGUGGGGGGUGGGAGUGGGUCAGAACCCUGCCAUAGACCUUUAGUGACCAGGAGACUUCGGGUCACCAGGAUGGGCUAAGGUAGGGGAAAAAUAUGUCGGGGAUGGGAUUUAAAAAAAAAAAAACUAGCACCAUAUAUUUAAGUCCCUGUCACCUCUUCCAACUCCUCUGAGUGCCUUCUGUGGGGACUCCGGCUGUGCUGGGAGAAAUACUUGAACUUGCCUCUUACCUGCUGCUUCUCCAAGAAUCUGCCUGGGUUUGGUUCCCUACUCUUCCCUGUUUCCCCUCCCCCCACUUCCUGUGAAAGGUGCCGUGGAAGAGGCUGCAGGGCCAACUGCUGAGCCACCUGCCCUUUUUCUGCCUCCUUUAGUAAAACUCCCAAGUGAACUGGUCUUCCUUUUUGGUUUCUACUUAACUGUUUCAAAGCCAAGACCUCACACAGAAUGCACAACCAAUGCAACAACCAGACAAGCUGUAAAUGUCUGUACAGUCGGCAUGGUAGCCUGUGAAAGGAUUGUAGUUGAUGCAAUUUAAGAAAAAAAAUGCCUUUAAGUUAUAUUUUAUGUGUUGGGGUUUUUUGUUUUGUUUCUGAAAGAUGGCAGUUCUGGCCUGGAAGUCAAUGUUAAUGUAUUUAUUUAUUUAUUUAUUUGGUUCCCUUCCUGUUCCAAGCUUCCACUGGCUAUUGCCUAGGGCUUUAUUGUCAUGAUCUGUUUUCUUUCUUUUAUUUUUUUUCCCUCUUGACUUGGGGACCUUUUGGGGAGGGCUGCAAUGCUUGCUGGGGUGAAGGGACUCCGGUGGGACAGCUGCUGUGGUCCCUUCUAUGGGGGGCCCCUUGCCUGCUUACUGGAGUGGGUCUGGGCUCUGUCUGGGAAGGGGCAUUGCUGACUGUACAUAGAUGGAAAGGCAGUUCUGGCCGGCAUGAUGUGCCUCCCGGAUCCUGUUUGAGCAGCGUGUAGCCUGCUGGUUUUAUCUGAGUGAAAUACUGUACAGGGGAAAAGAGAUCUUAUUUUUUUUUUUAUACUUGGCAUUUUUUGAAUAAAAACCUUUUGUCUUAA